UCCACCGAAGGGGGCCGAACAAACCCGCUUUCAACGACCCGCAACCGCCUCGCAUUUCUUCUUUCUCCACCUUCCAGAUCUCCUACUGCCAUGGCCUCUGCAACCUGCAAAAACAAAAAUAUGUCCCAAUCAAAACAAAACCCAGAUUUCCCUCCCAAACAGUCGCUCACCGACUCGUCCAUGACUCACACCCAACUCAUCGACUCGCUCACUUCCCACAUCUCUCUCUACCACUCCAACUCCCACUCUCCAAGCCCUAAUCCUAGCCCCACCAGGUCCUCCAUUCUCAAAUGGUUCUCAUCUCUCACCGUCCACCAGCGCCAAGCUCACCUCACUGCCGUCGAUUCCAAGUUCGUCAAAAUCCUCAUCCAAAUGCUCCGCAAGCUCCAAUCCCACGGCCACGGCUCCUUCAUCGCCCUCCCCGACCUCCCCUCACGUGAUCUCCCCGCUCUCUGCUUCAGGAAGUCACGUGGCCUCCUCUCCCGCGUCGCCGAGUCCGACGAGUCGAAGCGGCUGAUCUUCGACUCUACUCGGCUCUUCUCCUCCGCCGAAGGCGAAGACAUCACCGCGUGUUCGUGCUCGAUCGAGAGCGUCGAUGCGGUGACGGUGAGCGAGGAGUUGGUUGAGAAUUUGGAGAGGUUUGUGGGGGCUAUGGAUGGGAUAUCGAAUGGGGGCUUCUUGAGAGGCGACGAGAGCGAGUUGGGAUCGGAUUGGGUGGAAUUGGAGUGGUUGAAGGAGAAAGGGUAUUACAGCUUAGAGGCGUUUGUGGCGAAUCGGUUGGAAGUGGCGCUGAGGCUGGCGUGGUUGAAUUGUAAUGGGGUGAGGAAAAGAGGGGUGAAGUUGAAGGAGAAGGCGAGUGUCGCUGGCGUGGCGGCCAAUAUGUAUUGGAGGAAGAAGGGCUGCGUGGAUUGGUGGGCGAAUUUGGAUGCCACGACCAGGAGGAAAGUUUUGACGGUGGCGUUGGGGAAAUCGGCAAAAGCGUUGACUCAUGAGAUUCUGAAGGGAGCAACUGGUGGUUUGGAGGAUGAGACGUGGCUGUUUGGUGCAGGGGCAGAUCGUCGUGUGAGAUGCAAUUAUACUGUGGCAAUGCAAAGGAGUAUCCCCAGUAUGACUGCAGAGGCUGAAUUUGGCUCGACCAUUAUCCCUGCUACUCUUUCUGGAAAGCCUACUUCCGUAGUCAGUGCAUUUAUUAGUUUGCUUGUGCUCAAGGAUAUCAUUAUGAUCAUAUUAACAUGUCAAUACAGUGAGUAUGAUACUGGGAAGCUAUUUUUUAGUACGUUGGGAUCUGUUUGUACAAUUUCUGACUGUAUACUAAGGAAACUGCGAGGAUUUCUUAUGGUUGUUUCACUUGAUUGCACAAAACUUGAACUUCUGGGUGAGGGAAUUGAGAAGUCAUUACCUAAUAAAUCCAAAGAAAAGCUCAGUGCUUGUAGUCGUAGGAAAAAGGGGAGGAACCGAAAUAUGAAAAAGGAUCUUGAUUGUGCAAUUGCACAUAAAGAGAAGGGGGAUUUGGUGGAUCUCAAAAAGGUACCUAAUAGAUCUCAGGGGAAGGAGACUUACAGAGAGACAUCAGCUGUUCAAAUGGAACAUGCCCGAGGAAUGGUUGUUGGAAAAGCUCAAACUGCUGCAAGGAAGAGUAGGAAAGACAAAAGCAAAAAUAAAAAAUCUGGGUUUAACAAUCUCGUGGAAUUGGGAAAUUUUGAGAGAUCAGUCAUGGAAGAGUCCUCUUUCUCUGUUGUCUCUCAAGAUGAGGCAGCAAAGUCUGGUCGAGCAUCUGAUAAUCCAACCACCCACUAUGCCACGGAUGAUAAUACAAUUGGCAAUAAUUUCUUUGCAUCAGGUUCAAGUCUUUCUAGUAGUUCUGUUGAUGUGCCUACUAGGGAGGCGAGUGCCACCCAAAGCAUUCAAGGAGAUUAUGUUAAUGGUUCUAGUGAAAGUUUCUGUCAUAUAGGUUCAGAGAAUAGUUUAUGUAACAAUGUUGUUGAAAAUCAAACCAUACCUUCCAGAUUAGAAACCUUAAAUUGUAAUGGAAUACCUCCUGCCGUGCCUGCAUUGGAGUUUGAUAAUGUUCUCAGCAAUGAAGACAUCAACUUUCAGAAUUCUGCAAAUAGAAGUGAAUGUGAUGUGAAAUCAACUUUUCCUGAUAAACCAGUCCAAGCUUUUGAUGUAAAAGAGGAAUCUGUUCUGGUUAGGGAGCAAGAGAGUCUAAAUUCAUAUGAUACUGAACCCUCAACUUCUUCAGAGCGCCCUCCAAAUGAGUGGCCCAAUGUAGCUCCUUUUUAUUUUCCCUCUGCUAACUCGCUUCUCCCAGCUGCCACUGAUCGAUUGCAUCUGGAUGUUGGUCGGCACUGGCAUAAUCACUUCCAGCAAUCCUUCCUACCCUCAAUGCAUCAUGCCAGAAACUCUCCAACUGAAUGUGGGUGUAACCCAGUUCUGUCUCGGCCAUUACCAAUGAGUUUAGAUUGGCCCCCCAUGGUUCGAAGUGCUUGUGGAUUGGCUCCCUCAGUAACCUGUAAUUAUGAUUCUGGAUGUAUCUCAAGGCUGCAAUCUACUUUUCCACAAAGUUUCACCACUCAAAGAUUUCAGCUUAAUGCAAUGACCACUGAUGAUGAGAGAAAGUAUUCUGGGGAUUUAACUGACUUGCUAACAAAUACAAAGGAACUAGCAGAUGAAUGUGACAGCCACUGCAUAUCGGAGGAAGAAGUUGAGGUUCAUGCUGUUUCUGGGAUAGAUUAUAAUCAAUACUUUGGUGGUGGUGUGAUGUACUGGAAUCCUUCCGAUCAUCCAGGGACAGGUUUCUCUCGACCUCCUUCCCUUAGUUCUGAUGAUAGCUCAUGGGCUUGGCGUGAAGCUGACAUGGUUAGGGCUGUUGAUGACAUGGUUGCCUACUCUUCUUCAUAUAGUACAAACGGUUUGACUUCACCAACUGCGGCUUCAUUCAAUUCUACUUUUGAUCCUUUGGGGCCUGGACACCAGGCCCUUGGUUAUGUAAUCCCGGGAAAUGAAGUACCUGGCAAGAUGUUGCAUUCCGCAUCAACAUUGGCAGACACAGUGGCUGAAGAGGAAGCUUCUGGUUCUUUGUCUACUAUACCUAGUGAUGUUGAAGGGAAGACAGGAGAUUCACUUCCUUACCCCAUUUUGCGGCCAAUUAAUGUUCCAAAUAUGUCCAGGGACAGAUCAAGGUCUGAGUUUAAGCGUAGUCAUGAACACAAAAGCCCGUGUUUUCCGCCUACUAGGCGGGAGCAACCUCGGAUAAAGCGACCACCAUCACCUGUAGUGCUUUGUGUCCCAAGGGCUCCACGUCCACCGCCACCCUCUCCUGUCAGUGACUCCAGAAAACAAAGGGGUUUUCCAACUGUAAGAUCUGGUAGUUCCAGCCCAAGGCACUGGGGUGUGAGAGGUUGGUACCAUGAUGGAAAUAACUUGGAUGAAGCUUGCUUACGUGUGGAUGGUGCCGAAGUUGUUUGGCCUUGGAGAGCUAAUAAUCUUUCAGCUCGUCCAAUGAUUCAGCCUCUACCUGCAGCUUUGCUGCAGGAUCGGCUGAUUGCAAUGUCCCAGCUAGCUCGUGAUCAGGAACAUCCAGAUGUUGCAUUCCCUGUGCAACCGCCAGAGUUACAGAGCUGUCCUACACGUAAGGCUUCUCUUUCUUUGAUGCACAGCCUCCUUCAUGAUGAGAUUGACUCAUUCUGCAAGAAGGUUGCUGAAGCAAAUAUGGCCAGGAAGCCCUACAUCAAUUGGGCAGUCAAGCGAGUUACACGAUCUCUUCAGGUCCUAUGGCCCAGGUCCCGGACAAAUAUUUUUGGUUCAAAUGCAACCGGUUUGUCCCUUCCAACAAGUGAUGUGGACAUUGUGGUUAGUCUCCCUCCAGUGAGGAACCUGGAACCUAUUAAAGAAGCGGGGAUAUUGGAGGGUCGUAAUGGUAUCAAAGAAACAUGCCUUCAGCAUGCAGCCAGGUAUCUUGCCAACCAGGAGUGGGUGAAAAAUGAUUCUCUGAAGACUGUGGAGAAUACAGCUGUACCUAUUAUUAUGCUUGUGGUGGAAGUUCCUCAUGAUCUUAUCACCUCUUCUGCCUCUAAUGUACAAUCACCUAAGGAGGAGGCAACUCAUGUGACUGGUGGACAAGGCAAUAAUGUUCAAUCCGAGACAGUUGUUUUAGAGGAUGCUGUCCUGACAAAAUGCACACAGAUAAAUCAUACUGCUAAUGAUUCAAAGUCAGUUCGUAUUGACAUCAGUUUUAAGUCGUCAUCACAUACUGGACUCCAAACUACAGAACUGGUUAAGGAGCUGACUGAGCAAUUUCCAGCUGCUACACCCCUUGCUUUUGUACUGAAACAGUUCUUGGCAGAUCGCAGCCUCGACCAGUCAUAUUCUGGUGGUUUAAGUUCCUACUGUUUGGUGUUACUAAUUACUCGUUUUCUUCAGCAUGAGCAUCAUCUUGGCCGGCCUAUUAACCAAAAAUUUGGAAGCCUUUUGAUGGAUUUUCUGUAUUUCUUUGGGAAUGUGUUUGAUCCGCGCCAAAUGCGUAUCUCAGUACAGGGAAGUGGAGUUUAUAUGAAAAGGGAGAGAGGUUGUAGCAUUGAUCCAAUACACGUUGAUGAUCCUCUAUUUUCAACAAAUAAUGUGGGGAGAAAUUGCUUUAGGAUACAUCAGUGUAUCAAGGCAUUUUCAGAAGCCUAUUCGGUAUUGGAGAAUGAGCUUACAUGCAUUCCUGAAUAUGGUGAUACAUGUCCAAGGUCACCAUGUAGACUGCUUCCAAAAAUUAUCCCAAGUAUUGAUCUGGUAUAGGGAUUCUUGCUAGCUGAAGAGUUUAUAUAUGUUUGGAAGUUUAUCAUUAAAAGUGAAGAAUACUGCAGGAAGUCUGACCUGCAAUUGUCCGCAUUUCCUCCCUAGCUGAACCUAAUUGAUGCUAAAACAGAAUUUUUAAACAUUUCAAACAUGGAGAUUGCUGGCUGAGGACUGCUUCCAUGUUUAGCAAGGUUUGACUUAUCACACUUGGAGCGGCCUUCAUUCCUCAAAAGUAAUGAGUUAUGUUCACUCAAAUAACCAUCUAAAUAUUAAAUGUGCUUAGGGCUGGUUAUUGACCCCCUUCCAGUCGGAAAUGGGUGGUUUCCAAAUUCUGACCCGGGGGGGUGUUGGAAUCGGAAUUUGAAUUUCGAGCCAGCCGAAUGGUAUUGAAUUCCGUGCAUAAUCGGAAAUCUCAGGUCGGCUUGGAAUUCAGGUUUACUGUUGGGUUGGGUCUAGGCCCUUUUUACAGUACUGGCAGCAGGUCGCAGGUCGCAGAUGGCAGGUUGAUUGGCAGCAGGUUGCAGGGAGCGGCAGCGGGGCUUCGUAUGUAUGCUGUUAAUAAGAACAAACAACAUAUAUGCAUGCGAAGAAACAAGAGGAAAAAGAAUUUUAAGAACAAAGGAAGACAUCACCAAGAGCAAGCAAAGAAGAGGAAAGCAAAAGAGAGUGCUGUUAAUGAGAGGAAAACCGUCAAAACGUGACUGUUAGGUGCUGCUAAUCGAGAAGAAGUCAAUAUAACUGAAGUGUAUAUGCUGUUAACCCAUAGAAUAACUGGGCAAAGUCAGGAUUUGCAAACAGAAACAAAAGGAAAAGAUUUCCGUGGGGGAAAAUAAUGCAAGACUGCUGAUUACAAGAAAAGGAAACAAAGGGAGAUCAGCACAGAAGGGAGGGAGAUUGGCUCAAAAGGGAAGCAGUGGCAACAAGGAGGGAGAUUGGCGCUCGGCAGCAGGGAGAAAUACUAUAUCACAUGAUAUUUAGUUUUUAGUUUUUUUUAUUUAUUUAUUUAAGUUUUACAUAUAAAUAUAUAUAACUAUUUUAUUAUUCCUCGGGUCAGGUUUGGUUGAAAUUCAGAAUUUUUGAAAUCUGGAUUUCGAAUUCCGUCCUGACCCGGGGCAGAAAUCAAUUUCCAAUACCAACCCCAAGUUGAGGCCUGUCGGGAAGUUGGGAACCGACCAGGCAGCUUGGGCCAGCUUGAAAAUCUUGGUUCAGGGCGGAAUCAGGCGGGUUCUACCCAGUCCUAAAUGUAGUUGAAGUUUAUGUUUUCUUUUACUUGUAAGGUUGUAAUUUAUCUUACCAAUCACAUUUCUUGACUGUCUAAGCUUUAAUUCUACUCAAGAAUUA